CAUCUCCUCUCUCUCUACACAAACCUGAACUGCUCUCUCUCUCUAAUCCACUGCCAUCCUCUCUCGUCCUGUCUCUCUCUCUCUCUCUCACUAUACAAAGAGGCGCCUAAUGCUGGAUCCGGAGAAACUCCGGCGCCGGAUUCUGGAGAGUGGCCCGAAAGGUGGAGUUUGGCGGCAAUCUCGGUCCUUUGGGGGAAGGAGCCAUCGUAGAUCGAGAGAAUCCAGGCCGAGUCUCACAAUACACGGGCCUAGGGCUCAGUCUGGGUCCAGUUAUAGGAAAACCACGCCCAAUCGGAGACUGUUCCGGUGUUUCUCUGAACCCAUACUAUGGUCAUUUUCCGGCGAAUUUUCCGGCGAAGAUGACAAUAAGAUAAAGGGGGGUCGCAUUUUCAGGCCGAAAACGUGUAACGAUGUCUUCGCAACUCAUUCUAAGCUCCCGCCUCUUUCUCCCUGUCUCAGAACCCCCGAGAGAUAUAGGGAUGAUUCGAAGGUGGUAGUGAGUGUUACAGUGGAGGGGAGCCCAGGGCCUAUAAGAACCAUGGUUAGGAUGGGGCAAACAGUGGGUGAGACCAUAAACUCCAUUGUUGAUAGAUAUGCAGAAGAAGGCCGUCGCCCCGUGCUUUCUCAAGACUCUUGCUCCUUCGAGCUUCAUCAUUCAUAUUUCAGCCUAGAAAUUGACAUGGGUGCUCUCUCUCAUGCUAGAUGAACAUGUAUAUUCUUAGAAACAGUGUUUCAAAAAUCUGUGUCUGCUUCUGUCACUCACAGAGUCGGACUGGAUUAGGAGGCUGGUGAUUCUGCGCCAAAAUGUUUUGGAAUUGCCCUAGUCGAGUUGGACCGGAUUAGAAGUCUGGCGAUUCUGGGCAGGCUGGUGAUUCUGCGCCAGAAAUUUGUGGAAUUGACCCAGUCGAGUCGGACCGGAUUAGGUGUCUGGCGAUUCUGGGCGAAUAGAUUCUGGAACUGGCCAAACUCCAGGUUUUCCAGUAUUUUUUAAAAUUUUAUUGUUAAAAACUCCCCAUCCAACUUGGGAUUCAGAUCAAGGGACUUGGUCCUAGACCCUUGGCAGGUCAAGGCUGAGUCCGGCUUUUAAAAGCAGCUUAGGAAUGACCGGAAAAUCAAUAGCCAUUCUAAAUUGUAAAAAUGUACAAUGACAUCAUUUACCUUUGGUACAAGGCACUCACAAUUAAUUUUGAUUAUUAGAUGUGAAACGGGGUGACUACAUUUAUUCCUUUGACCAAGCACAAGAUUCAAAAGAAAUUUUUUCGAACUUUAUAAUACACAAAGCUAUCAAAUUUCACAUUACAUGGUUAUCAAAUUUCACAUUACAUGGUUAUAAAGAAUUGUGACCUCUUUGUACCAUAGAUAAAUAUUCACCGUAUACAAUCUCUUCUAAAUUUUGCAGUUUUUUAUUAGGUGAAUCAGUAGGGAUAUCGGCCCUACCCAUUUUAUUAAAUAAUCAAAAUAAAUAUUACAUAACCAAGCCCUACCCAUUUUAUUAAAUAAUCAAAAUAAAUAUUACGUGACCAGUUCUUGACAAGGGAACACCAGUAACAUAAGAUAGAAUGAAAGGCGUUAAAAAUUAGGGGGUGAGCAUGGCACGCCAUUGCAUAGAAACCAUUUUGCAGAAUUCCUAUGCUUGGUUUUGAUUCUACAGUUUUUGCCUCUUUUUUUUUUUGGUAUUCUGGAUUUAAUUAGAUCUCUCAUUGUUGGGCAGGUAUAAGUAAGAUUGAUAGGGUUGGAGAUUUGGGUAGUCGAAAUUUCUAUCUCAGAACCAGUAGUAGAAACAGUGAGGGGGAGGAUUCACCUCCCUCCAUUAUACCACCUCCUCUAUUCACCUCUUUUAUAGCCAGGCGUAUCAGAAAGAUUGGGAGGAGAACA